GAAUCAUACGACAUUGAAAGAUAUGCUAUCGACGUAGAAGAGUUAAAGAGCAACAACCAGUUACAAAAAGUUGGAGAUGGAAAUUGUAGCUACUGUCCUCUCCUGGAGACAGAUAUUGUCACGUAUUCUCUUUGGCAUGUAUUUCGUGACUUGUGGUUUGGCACUAAAUACGUAUUUUCUAUACAUUUCGUUAGAACAAACUCAUCCCAUAAAGGUGUAUUUGACUUCAAGGCUACUUUCAAUACACCAGACUGUUUUGUUGCAACACAAGACGGAGAUUAUUGUCAAAAACAAAAUGUACAGAUAUCUGGGCUGAUAAUAGACCUCCGGUUGGAUGACGUAGUACCGCAAGAUGAUGGAUAUGCGACUGCUAUAAUAUCAUGGAUACCACCUGUCCAGGUUCGAAGAGACAGCGAACUAGUGGCCUUUACUGCUACGUAUCAGACAUUAACAAAAUACACGAAAACUGUUCUCAACUUAAAGGCCCAAAAUCAGACAAAUUGGCGGGAACGACAGGUGACAGAACUUUCAGGGCUACUAUUAAAUGAAACCUAUCGAUUAUACAUUCAACCUAUGGUUAAACUUAAAGUUGGUUCACUUCUAAAAAAUGGAACUGCGUCUGAGAUCAAGUUUGAGACUUUUAUAGAAUUUGGAGAAUGGACGGACUGGAGACCCUCUGGUCCUUGCCCGUGCAAUGGUUUCAUAAACUACACACGUUCUUGUCAGCCACAGGAGCUUUAUUGUCAAGGAAACGAUGUCGAGGAAAGAGCAUGUCAAAUUAGUGAUAAGUGCAGCAAGUUAACAGAAAAAGCUAUCAUCAUUGCAGGAGCUAUACUGAUAAUUAUAUUUAUACUUUUAAUUGCUGCGUUCGUUCUUAAAAGAUACAGAUACGGCAGCCAUAGUACGAGUUACAAUGUGGACCCAGCCUUCAAGGACCAUGAAAUAUGCUUGCACACACAUGUGGUUUGGGAUGAGAGAAAACCGAUAGGUAAUGGCCGAUUUGGAAUGGUUUAUUCAUGUCCAUUAAUUGAACAGGACGGGCGUGGUCGCCGUAAACUUGUUGCAAUAAAAACACCUUUAGAAACGGCAUCCGCAGCUGAAAAAAUGGAUUUUAAGAAAGAGAUUCAACUCAUGUCACAGAUCGGCAAACAUAAUAAUGUUAUUGAACUCAUUGGAUGUCGCACAACAGAAGAUCCGAUGUACAUCAUCACUCCAUUGAUGCAAUAUGGAUGUCUAUUGGAAUUAUUGCGUAAAAGUUCAAAGAUGAAGAAAGAUGGUGUGUAUACCGAAGCGAUUUAUGAUUUGAAGCUCAAAGAUCUGUUUAGCAUCGGUAGACAAAUUGCCAUAGGAAUGGAGUACAUUUCCAGCUUAAAGAUUGUUCAUGGGGAUCUAGCUGCGCGAAACAUUUUAAUUGGCGAAGGUCUAGUUGCCAAGAUAGGUGAUUUUGGCUUGGGACAAGAUGCGUACGAGAAGGGAUACUUACGAUUAAAAGACGGAGAAGUUCCAGUGAAAUGGUACAGUCUGGAAACGCUCACAGAACAGUUUAUGACUCCAAUGAGUGACGUGUAAGUUUGGAGUGUUCUAAUCUAAGUUGAAAUGUUAUAUGAUGUUAGACAAGUAAUUUCUAUUUGUUAGUUUCUGUUGCUGUUUCUCUCACAACAUCUUCAGGUCAUCGUCGAUUUUGAUAUUAUUAUCUUUAUCUUAUCUUUAUCUUUUCUUUAGUGGUUGUCUGCCGGAAGGAAUCGGGGAAGGAAUACAAUUUAAAAAAUUAAUACAGUAAACAAAUAUUAAUUUAUACCAUACACUUAAUGAUAACAUCAAUACCACAAUAAUGUUUACCAUUUCUUAAUUGGAAAAUGCAAAAUACAUGACAGA